GCAUCUCAGCACUUUGAUUCUUUUCCUCACCUCGACUAGUUUCACCUGAUUCUAUGAUGGGUGACCCAUUCAUCAUAGCGAUAGACUUUGGCACUGCUUACAGUGGAUAUGCCUACAGUAUGACAUCCACAGGGGAAGAAACUGAUCCUAAUUUAAAGCUCUGGGGUAAAGAGUUUGGGCAAAAGACCCCAAAGGCUCCAACCUGCAUCCUUUUUGAUGAACAUGGAGAAUUUAUGAAGUUUGGUUAUGAGGCUCAAAUGACUUAUGUUGGAAUGCAUGGUGAAGACUCAACAAAACACUUCUUCUUUGAAAACUUCAAGAUGUCUCUCUAUGGCACAAAACUCAACAGAGAUGUGACAAUUAAAGCUGCAAAUGGAAAAUCAAUGAAGGCCUUGAAGGUUUUCACUGAAGCUUUGGGCUAUCUCAAGGAAGACGCCCUGAAAACCAUUGCAGCAAACACAGAGGGGAGGAGGUUUAUUGCCUCUGACUUCACCUGGGUGCUGACUGUACCUGCGAUCUGGGAUCCUUCAGCCAAACAGUUCAUGAGAGAAGCUGCAACUCAGGCUGGUAUUGUAACCAAGGGAAAGCAAGCCAAGUUGGUCAUUGCACUGGAACCAGAGGCAGCUUCAGUCUGGUGUAAGAAGCUCCCAGCUGAAGGUUUCAUAACACAGAACCAUGGAGGAGACAAACUGGACCAAUCUCCAGGAACACAAUACAUUGUUGUUGACUGUGGAGGUGGAACUAUUGACAUAACUGUCCAUGAGGUGCUGGAUGGAGGAGCCCUGAAGGAGCUGCACAAGGCCUCUGGAAAUGAUCUGGGUGGACAAACUGUGGACAAGAAAUUCAAAGAGUUCCUCAGAGAAAUCUUCUGUCAUGGUGUCUGGGAUGAGUAUGAAAGAGAGUAUCCCAGUGAGGUUCAGAAACUGAUGUAUGAGUUCACAGUUCUCAAACAGGUAAAUGAAGAUGUUCAGAUCACCUGCCCAUUUAACCUGGGAACAAUAGCUCAGGGAAAACAAAAAAUAGAAAAGUUCUUUGAAACAGUGGAAGGUGCAUCCUGGAACGGUGGGUCAGUCAAAAUCUCAAAAGAGAAAAUGAAGUCUUUCUUUGAUGAGAGUCUAAAAAGCAUCAUCAAGAGUCUCAGAGAAAUACUGAACAAAGAUUUGAGAAUUGAGUACAUCCUGUUAGUGGGAGGUUAUGCUGAAAGUGAGAUUCUGCGUCAAAACAUCAUCAGUCAGUUUGGUCGUCAGUGUAAAGUGCUGUGUCCAUUUUGGGCCCAAGAAGCAAUUGUGAAAGGAGCUGUGAUGUUUGGAAGAAACCCAGAGGUGGUGGCAUCUCGGAAAAGUGCCUUUACUUAUGGGAUUGCUGUCUUUCCAAGGUUUGAUGAGUCCAAGCACAAGGCAGAAAAGAAAUACACAAGCACAACUGGAGAGAGGUGUAAGGAUGUUUUCAUGAAACUAGUGGAGAUUGAUGAAGAUGUUGGUUGGGAUAAACCCAGAGAGCACAUGUUAUGGCCAACAGAAGUGGAUCAGAAAAGUAUGAGCUUCAGAUUUUUUCGCACAAAGAGAAAAGAUCCAUUCUAUGUGGAUGAAUGGGGAAUGGAGGAAUUUGGCUCAUUUGUCGUUGACAUGCCCGACACUAAACGUGGCAUGGACCGUGAAGUCAAACUGGAAAUCAGGUUUGGCUUCACAGAAAUGACAGCGACUGCCACUGACAUGGAUUCAAAGUCAACAAAAUCAGUUGACCUUGAUUUCAUGACUCAAUAGUGAAGAUGUUUCACAAAGAAUCAUUAACAGUUUUAGAUAACAGGCAUAAGUUUAAUUAUAUUGUGUUAGGUCCACUGAAAUUGGCUUAAAUCAAAGAAUUGUAAUUCCAAUCUCUCCCUGUGUAAUUGUUUAUGCAAAGUAAGAUGUACCGUCCCUGGUUCAUGAUUGGCUCCAGUUGGGACUCAAUGGCUGCCCUCUUCCACGCCAUGUAUUUCCCAAUUGGUGGAUCCCGGUCCAGCACUACCAAUCCUGGCAGCCUGUCUGUCAUGGCGGCUGUAGUCUGCUCACCAUGGGUGUCCUUUAUUAUAGCAAACAUUGAUGUUAUAUCAACUUGAAAUAUUGUUGAGGAGUCAUGUGUUAGAACUAACUGGAGACUGGACCAGGGAUUUAGAAUCUGUUAGCAAAUCCAGGUAUAGGGUGCUGCCCCGUUGUAUUUUUGGUUUUGUAGUGAGGUUUUAAUUUUCCUUUUGGUUGUCUUUAGGUUGGGGAUAAUUCUAGUUUUCAUAGUCCUCUUUUGGUUAUAUUUGUAUCUUUAUUUUUUUUCUGUGUAGUUCCGCCCCACUUCCUUUGUGUUCAUACCUUACUGAUACCAUCUGGUCUCAUGUUGCAUCCAUUUUCCCUCCAGCGAGCUAGGGGAUAUAACAAACAAUGUAUUGUACUUAAAUAUCAUGGCUUUUUUAUUAUUAUUAUGAGUUAAGUUUGUUUGGGUUUUUUUUUGCUCACACCUUAUCAAACAGCUCUAACAACAGUUUUAAUUUUAGACACAUUUAAUCAUUUGAAGUAAUUUGUUUUUACAUACAGUUAAAGUUUUGAACAAACACCUGCAAAAUGUUUUAAUGCAGGUUGAUUGAGAGUUUCUACAUCUCACAGUUGUAAGUCUGUUACUAACUAAAUAUUGUUUGUUUGAUGUUGUGAAUCUGUUGAAGAAAUUAACAAAACAGACUGUACAUGUGCUACAUACAUAUACUUAAACGUUUUUGUUUUUGUUUUUACAUUUAAACAUUUGAUACAUACAUGGCACAAAUACUGGUCAUAUUAGAAGUAUGUACCUUUAGAGCAGUUUUUUCAGUCAGAUGCUGUUGAUAUCUGACAUGAGUGUUUUAUUGCAGGGAGAUGAGCUACAGUCAGGAGGAUCUGCUGACAUGAAUUUUGUUUAUAGAACAAACAACCACUAUUCAGUUAUCGUUGUUGAAA